GGCCGCUGCAGGAACCAGACCGUCGUCGGCGUCCUCGGCCGCUGCAGGAACGUCCAGACCGUCGUCGGCGUCCUCGGCCGCUGCAGGAACGUCGAGACCGUCGUCGGCGUCCUCAGCCGCUGCAGGAACGUCUAGACCGUCUUCGGCGUCCUCACCCGCUGCAGGAAUGUCCAGACAUUCAUCGGCGUCCUCGGCUGCUGCAGGAACGUCAAGACCGUCGUCGGCGUCCUCGGCCGCUGCAGGAACGUCGAGCCCGUCAUCGGCGUCCUCCUCGGCCGGGCCCUAUUACGACUUCGUGGAAGACGCUGCCCCAGACAUGAUUGGUGCAUGAUUCCACAAUGCUCGGCGGGUUUCUCAUCCUGGGAGCGAUACGCAGACCACUACAAUUCGACGCACCAGUCAGCUUCUGGGUCGCCGGACAGUAGGCCUGUCAUUGGUUGGUGCACCUACCCCCACUGUGGCCGCCCCUUCUGCUCGUGGGAAGAACACGUGUUGCAUCAGAGGAUGUGCCACGCCAACAGAGCACAGGUGGACGCCAUGUGUUCCUUGUGCCUGCAAAUGGAGCCAGUGGGCGGACUGCCGGGCCACCUGCAGCUGCACCGCAAGGGCGACGUGGCCUGCCCACUGUGCUCCGCCCGCUUCGUCGACGGCGACGUUUCGAGCCACAUGACGCAGUUCCACCACGUGCGUCCGGACGGCUCUGUCCCGGCCGUGCUGGGGUGGUGUACGAAGAGCGGUUGCGGCUCGUCGUUCUGCUCUUGGGAAGACUACGUCCAGCACAACAUUCACCAGCACUCGAUGGUGUCCGACCCCGCGCUUGUGUGCCACUUGUGCCUCAGACAGCACGGAAAUCUCGCCGAAGCAAAGGAGCACAUUAAGGAGCACUCCAACGCUUCUACGGAACCCUUCAAAUGUGAAAUGUGCCCUGCACGAUUUUUCAACUUCAGGCACCGUUCAAGCCACAUGAGAAGAUUUCACAGACAUAAUUGUUAGGGGUAAUCCGACGUACCUUUCUCGGUCUUGCUAGAUAGCUUUUCGCUUAUCCAAGGAAUGAGGGAAGUGAAAGAAAUUUUUGUUGUGGAUGUGGAUAUGUUCACUGUUUGGUGUCGGCCUUAGGUGUUGGGAACAGAUGGGAAAUUCAGACCAUGUGUUAAUUAUGAAUAAAAAAUGGUCGCUGAAGUUACUAGGAGACACUGGAAAUAAUUUAACCCCUUAGCUAAACGACCAGUGUGUGUGCCAAGGACCCAGAUGCUGGGCUCCGUCAUUUAAUUUAAAUAAUGUUUACUGUCUCAGUCUCGGUUAGUGUUAUUAUUAAAGUCAUGCAGGGGAUAAGAUUCAACCAUAAUUGUAUUUUCAGCUUUUGCUGUGCUGGCCCUUUGCAAAAGAUUUUGGUGGGAAUUUUUUUUUUUCUUGAGAAAAUUGAUUUUUUGGGGUACCAAUACCGUUUUUUAGUUAAACUGAACAGGAACUGUACUUUUUUGAACCUUAAGGUUGGAGAUUCCUUUUUUUUCCAUUUCAAUCCAUCUUGAGUACAAAUAAUUUAUGUCAUGGUUUCACAGUUUUGCUGUUAUGGUGUGGGAAGUGGAAGUUAUAGGAAUAAUAUUGUAUUGUGACUUGGGAGGAAAACCUGUUGAGUUCUCAUCGGGUGCUGU